AUGACAAAAAUCAGAAAGACAUUUUCUAAUAUUUUCUCCUUUAACUUUGGACAGUUUAAGCACCACCAGUUGUCUGUCCAGAGUGGUGACCUCAUUAACUGUGAGCAGGAAGUGACCCACAACGAGGUCACAGGUCAACUUGUGGAGGAAGAGGAGGAAGAGACAUUUGAAUUCUCCGAGAUCUUCAUCCACCAGAUCAUCCACACGAUUGAGUUCUGUCUCGGCUGUAUCUCCCACACCGCGUCCUACCUCCGACUGUGGGCCCUCAGUCUCGCUCAUGCACAGCUGUCCGAGGUCUUGUGGACGAUGGUCAUGAGUCUGGCGUUUGGAAUCUCGGGUUUCGCUGGCAGCAUCGCCAUCUUCCUCAUCUUCAUGUUCUGGGCCACGCUCACCAUCAGCGUCCUCUGCCUCAUGGAGGGACUGUCGGCCUUCCUGCACGCGCUCCGUCUCCACUGGGUUGAGUUUCAGUCGAAAUUCUACGAAGGACAUGGCUACAAGUUUCUACCUUUCUCGUUCGACAGUAUUUUGGAUCACAGUGUUGAAGAUUAACCCCCUGAUUGGUCAAUUUCAUGUUCCCAAUGAAAUCCCGUACAACUCUUAGAACACACACUGAUCGGCAGUCAGUGUUCUCUUUUAGCUUAGAUGUUGAAGCAACUUGUUGUACUAUUCUCAGAACACAACUUGUUCUUCAAUCAGUGUUGUCUAUUUGCUGAAAUGUUGCACCAAGUUAAUGUAUGAUUCUUAGAACAGAAACUGUUGUUCCAUCAAUGUUGUCUAUUAGUAUAAAUGUUGAAUCCAGUUAUUACAUAUACACUAUUCUCGGAACAUAAACAGUUCUUCAGUCAGUGUUGUCUAUUUGCUUAAAUUUUGAGCCAACAUAUGUUAAGAGCAUUAACAGUUUUUCAGUUAGUGUGUAUUAAUGUAAAGGUUGAACCAAGUUAUUGCACGGUUAUUAGAGCACAGACUGUUUUUCAGUUAGUGUGUAUUAAUGUAAAGGUUGAACCAAGUUAUUGCACGGUUAUUAGAGCACAGACUGUUCUUCAGUCAAUGUUGUAGAUUACAUGUAGCUUUGAUUCAGCUCAAAGAUAUCAUCAUUCAAGUGAGCUAUUUACUUAAUUCUGUAAAUUGGGAACUGUUUGCGCGCAUAAAAUUUUAGUGAGGGUGAUACAAGGUGCUAAAAGUUCAUGAUGCUAAAGAUACAUACAAUAGAAUGUUCCAAAAACAUUUUGUGUGAUUGUUUUGUUGGUGAUUAACUGAACACACAACAAUGGUUUCAUACUAUUGAUUAAGCUAAAAGGAUAGCAAACAACAAUAGUUAGUUGGCAUGCACGUUACUGUAAUUUUCCACUAAAUUUAAGUUGUCUGUAAGUUGCAUAACAUCAAAAUUUAUCAAAAAUAUAAUUUCAGCUAAUCCUACCACUUUAGAUUCAUUUUGUUUAGAUUCUAAUAUGACCACCUCGCUGAAGUUUUAUGUCGCUAAUAUGCCAUUUAUUUGUAUUGUGCUAAAUUUUAGGAUCAUUAUUAUUUAAUGCUUUACUGUAUGUAAUACAUGUCAUGUUAGGCACUAUUUUUUGUUAACUGUGUGUGUGUGGUAGAAGAUUUGUAAAUCUGUGAGGUGUGGUGGUUGAAGGUGGUGUGGUUGAAGGUGGUCUGAUAUGUGAUGGUUGAAGGUGGUGUGAUGUGUGCUGGUAGGGAUGGUAUAAAACAUUAAAGCAAACAUUAAAACCACUUACCCUAGUUAUUAGUUGGUGUGAAAUAUAACACUAAUUUGGGUGCAAUAAAAAACAUUGUUUAUCUAUCUAAUGAACAUUUUCUUACAGAAUUUUCUGAUAUUUUCUGAACACUCGAUUUGAAAAAAUAAUUUAAAGUGUGCAAAAGUGCCACUUUCCAAAACGUAAGUUAAAACAUGCGAAAGCCUCAUUUUAAAUACAGCCCUUUUUAUAAAAUAACAAAAGCAAUAUAUUUUUGACCAUUAAUUUAGAUAUUACCUGAAACAUUUUUGUUAAUUUUCAAUUUUGACAAAUCCAAAAUGGUUCUGGUCAUCCUGGUGUUUGCAAAAGCUCAUAAUAAAUUUUGUGCAAAGCGAAAAACUGGUAGCAUGGAAACGAGUGUCAGUGGGUUUAACAUGGUUUUGUAAUGACAUACAUACAUGUAUGCAUACAGUUUCAGCUCAGCUGUAUGCUCAAACAGUUCAGUUUGGUGGUAUUCAUAUCUCUGAUACUCAAGAAAUAACACAUACUUACUAAUACAUGUAGUUCAACAUGGUUUCUGCCAGACGGAAAUGUUUGUGUAUAUGCGCUACAGAAUUGAGUUUUUAGAAUGCGGGUGCCAAAGAAAAUGGAACUUAGGAUCCCUCAGACGCGUUUUCCUAUCUCUGUUCACCUUGCUGUACAUAUUCCUUGCAUAGUGUGUCAUCCUGCUGAACAUACAUGUACAUGUAUGAAACAAAUAGUUUUAUAAUCAUUUAAAGCCAACAUUAAUCAUACAGUAAUGAUAAGUCAUUAAUUUGUCAAAAGGUCAGCUAAAAUAUAAUUUGUAAACAAUUUUGGGUAUGGUACCCAAAAAUAUUUUUGGGGGAUGGCAUUUUACUCUGGCAGAGACCCUGCUUAAUGUUGUGUCUCCACAGGAUGCCCACUAUGCAUACAGUCCUGAGAUAAUGAAAAAAACUACGUAUAAAUAUUAAUUUCUCAGGGCUUGAAGGUAAGAAUGAUCUACGGCAAUUUUACAAGAUUUUUGCCACAGGUAAAAUGCUCAUACUUCAAGUUUGAGUCUGCCUACAGCACUGUUAAACCAGUAACCUUUAUGACAAUAAAACACAAAAAUAGAAUAAACAAUUGUCCCUUCAACUAAAGGCAAUAAUUUUUAUUGAGCUGUAAAGAACUGCCGUCGAUAGCAUAAACCCCCUGACCAUUGGCAAUUUGUAUUGCAGCUUCAUCAGUUGAUGUUGGUGUGAGCAUUAAAUUCAAGGUCUGAUUUCUUGUCGAUGGGUAAUUGUUGUAGUGUUGUUUUUAAGUGCCUGUUUAGUUUGUAGCAUUGUUGUUUGUAUUUGUGACCAUUUUAUAAUUAAGUUAUUGGGUAUUAAGGUUGACAAUCCUGUCUGGGAAAGUGCAUUUCUUGCUGUAAUCCUGUGAGCUGACUAUUACAGCUAUAGACUGUAUCCACCCACCAGCUUUUUAUUCCUCUACCAGUCUGAGUGGAGGGGACUAGUUUAGCUUUCAUCUCCUUCAUUCUGUCUGUCUUUCAUGGCGAGAUACCCAUUUUUCAAAAAAUUAUGACCCUUUUUUCGCAAUGCCUCAAGCUAUUGAGUUGAAAUUUUUUAUAUACAUGUAGCUUUAUCAUGUAUUACUAGAGAUCAAGUUUUACCUUCAUGGCAGUUUACCUAUUUGUCACAGAAUUUUGGUCCUUGAACUUGAAAAAUAAGAAAAUUUGUUGGAGCCCAGUAGCAGUACCCUCAGAAUGCUUGAUAUAGCUGUCACUUUACUGUUGAAAUAUAGUUCAGUGUUGAGAUGUAUUUCAUUGUUAGGAGAUUAUCAUUAAAUUUUAAUGUGGUUAAUAAAUUAUUUUAAAAUUU